CCACCGGUGCUGUAGAAACGAGUGGAAGGUGGAAGAUUAGCUCUUGUGGCUAGAUGUCGUGACACUGAGUAAUUCAUAUAGCACUAAAAAGACUGAUGUGUUUUUGCUGCUUGCUACGCUUACAUGUACGCGUUAGGCAUAGCGUUAACCACAUAUGCUGGCAGUGGUGGCUGCUGAGGUAGAUAUCUACUUUUCUCCGUGCAUUAACUUGUAUGUAACGUUAGCUAACGGUAACAGCAGUCCCUUCUCAUCUGUCUGUCAAACGAUUCUGUCUCAUAAACAUGCCUAUUCAGCUGACAAGUCAAGCUUACUGUAAAAUGGUUUUACAUGCUGCCAAGUAUCCUCACUGCGCCGUGAAUGGAUUGUUGGUGGCAGAAAAAACGAAGGAGAAAAAGAAAGACAGCCACAGUGAACCAGUGUUGUGUGUGGACUGUGUGCCGCUGUUUCACGGUACUCUAGCUCUGGCACCAAUGCUAGAAGUAGCUUUAACAUUGAUUGAUACUUGGUGUAAAGAAAAUAAUUAUGUGAUUGCUGGAUAUUAUCAAGCCAAUGAACGCACAAAGGAUUCAAGACCCAACCAAGUUGCAGAAAAAGUGGCUGCUAGGAUUUCUGAGAACUUCUGCGAAGCAGCAAUUGUUAUGGUGGACAACAGUAGAUUAACCAUUAGCUGUUUUGAGCCCAUUGUGCUCAUCUAUGAUCAUCAUGAAAACAAGUGGAAAAACAGAGAAGUAACUUUUGACUGUUUUGAGGACUGGAGCGAAGCACAGAAGAUUACAUCUGCUCUGUUAGAGGGAAGGUCCUACGAGAACUUGAUUGACUUUGACAACCACUUGGAUGAUCUCAGGAACGACUGGACCAACCCUGUGAUCAACAAGUCCAUCCUGGAUCUGUGCUAAGACCCUCAGUCAGGAGUACCCUGGACACACAUGCAAAUAAUGCUGCCAUUUCAGCAUGCUUGAUCUAAUUGUCGUGUAGCACAGGAGUACAAAAAUGCUGAACUUGUAGUCUUUGUUCCUUCAAAGGGCUCCCGUACUGACGGGAGUUUGGGGGGCACUGACUAGUCAGGCCAAAAUCUCUUAAGGGUAAGCGCCAUAUGUGCACUGUUGGCAUGUGUCUGCCUUUACAAGGUGGUACUGAGGUGAUUUUGUUUUUGAAUGCAACUUAAUUGUUUUUUUUUUGUUUGUUUUUUUUGCAAUGGUUUGUGUUUAUUCAUAGAUGUGUGCUUAAAGUUAAAUUCUAUUCUCGAGUAUUUGAUCUAUUUUUUUUGUCUUAAAUUUUACAGCCAGUAGCCAUAUACGAGAGCAAUUUCUAAAUAAUGAACAAUGUUAGAUGAUGAUUGUACUACUGAGAUAUGAUAUAAAAAUAUGUUCUUUUAUUAAA